AUGGAAUGGCUUAGCACAUGCCGGCCAUGGAGGCGUCCCGGGAUGGCGCUGACUUGGCUGGCCUGUGCCCUACAAGCUGCGGAGGCGGAGGCACCGAGCCGUGCCGCCUUAGAAGCCCGUGUCGCAGCCCUGCGAGAGGAGCUUCGGGCCGCAGAAGCAGCUCUUGAAGCAGCCGAGGACGACGGAACUUCCACGGCUCCGUGGUUAGCUGGGCCGGCGGUCUGCAACGCACGCAUGCGGACCGCUGACCUGCCUGAAGCAGCAGAGUACCUGGAGAAGCAGCACGCGCUGCGAGCUCCGUUUUACAUCAAGGCCGCACGCCGGAGUUUCCAGAAGGGCUUGAAGCAAGUCCAGGGCAUCGACAAGUCCAACUCGGAUCCCUUUAUCAAGCAGCAUGAGGGCCAGCAGCAGCUCCUUGGGGCCCUGGACCUGGCGCCUGGCUCGGCGGAGAUCUGGUUCGAUGCGGCCAAGGUCGCAGUCGCCCUCGCAUCACUGACCGAGCCCGAAGGCCAGGUGCAGCAUGCCAUCGAUAUGUUUGCACACGCCUGCACCCUGGACCCGCCGAAGCUGAAAGAGGCUUUGGCCUGGCUGAACCAAAAGGAGCAGCCGGAAAAGUCCCAGAAGAUCACCAAGGAGGAGCAGUACGUGCGGAAGCUGGUACGCGAGCAGCUGCAGGGGUGGAGCAAGUCGGGAUCCGUGCCCGUUCGGCACCCAGACUUCGUCUCCACACUGAAGGAUGGCAUCUGCUAUCCAGCACGGGAUCAGGAGCGGCUCGCGGGUGUCCAUCCCAAAGACGUUGCAAAGAUCGUGGACAACUUUCAGGUGAGGAAUGCUUUUCCCACCAAGAUCCUCUCUGUGAAUGUUCGUUCGUGGCUUCCGGAGGGCUUCACCACGCGCUUGGCGGACCUUGCUGUGCGGAAGUACGAGCAGUUUGGCAAGCAGUACCCCGGCAUAGAUCCCAACGAUCUCAACGACAAGUUCUUCGGCUUUCAGUCCACGCGCGCCGACCAGCUCUCGAAGUCCCAGCAGAAGAAGUGGCCGGAGAUGUACAGGGACUCGGAGGACUUCAAAAUCCUGACUCGAGUCAUGAAGGGCGCGCUGCUGGGCUUCCUGAACAAGACGGGCGCCCCUGUACCCCAGAGCGACCAGAGUUAUGGUCUCGUGCUCUGGGCCGCCGUGUACCCUGGAAACGGCGGCCGCCACGGGUACCACGUGCACCAGGGAUCUGCGUCCUCUUGCGUCCUCUACGCCCGCGUUGCCGGUGCUUCCACUCCGAUCAGCUUUAUUGAUCCACGGGGUGCGCCGCCGGUCAACGACUACGAGCAGUACGAAAAGGAGCGUGACUUCGAGCCUCAAGCGCCGUUUCAUCACAACGAAUACUUCUUUCCGACGGAGGGUGACCUGGUGUGCUUCCCUUCCUGGCUGGUCCACAAUGUCCCCUCCCACUGGGAGUCGGAGACCCGCGUGGCGUUCGCAGCAAACUUGCAAGGAGAAGGCGCCUGGGACAGCUGGUUCCACACAGCCGUUGGCUGGAGCUAA